CUUGUGCAUGCGAACACGCGCACGUCCAUGGAGCUGGCGCGCUUAGCAGUGGCGCCCAUCCUAUCCCUCAGUGCGACUCCUCCGAGGGAUCAGGAGUAGACUAAGUCAAACUUCCAACGGCUUAAAUUUUGUGCGCAACCUUUAAAAGGGAUUCAAGUCUCUGAGACUGAAGCAUGAAAUCUCACAUCAGCUUAGCCAGAAGGAGUCAAAGACAGUAAAAAGACAGGGGUCAGAGGUGAUGCCAUGUGCCAACGGCAAUCUUCUUUUAAUCCUCUCAAAUCAGACCAAAUUUCCAUCAGCCCAAAUGACUGCAGUGAUGUCCCAGAGUACGCCGAGGUGGUCGCAGAGGUAUACCGCCCGUGUUAUCCCGCAGGAAAAUUGAUGGUGCGGCCAGAUGGUUCGUCCCUCCAUGUGUGGUUCAUGUCAACACUUCCUGACCAUUUCAUGGGCUACAAGCAGACUCCAAGAUCCACGGCUGCAGCUUGAUUCAACCCCUCUCUGUUUUCUACCUCUUAUUCUUUGCCCCUCAUCCCUAACCACACCCUCCUCGCCCUUUCUCUUCUCUGCCUCGGCCUCUGUUUUAGCUCUCACCUCACAUUUCAACAGUCAAAGCCCUCCCUAAGCCCAACAUGGUGUCCCGCCUUCCCUUCUUAGUUUUUGUCAUGAUGUGCCAAGGCGCCCUGCUGGCAGACCCACCUCAAUCCCGUCGUGAGAUCCGCAUUGAGGGGGACCUGGUGCUCGGUGGCCUUUUUCCAGUGCAUGAGAAAGGCGCUGGAAUUGAGGAGUGUGGACGUGUGAAUGAGGACAGAGGGAUCCAAAGGCUGGAGGCCAUGCUAUUUGCCAUUGACAGAAUCAACAUGGACAACACCGUGCUACCAGGUGUCUCCCUGGGGGUGCAUAUUCUUGACACCUGCUCAAGAGAUACGUAUGCACUAGAACAGGCUCUGGAGUUUGUGAGAGCCUCUCUCACCAAGGUGGAUGACACUGAGUUCAUCUGUCCUGAUGGAUCAUAUGCUCUUCAAGAUGACAGCCCACUUGCCAUUGCAGGAGUCAUCGGAGGAUCUUAUAGCAGUGUAUCCAUACAGGUUGCCAAUCUUCUCAGGCUCUUUCAGAUCCCUCAGAUAAGCUAUGCUUCAACGAGUGCCAAGCUCAGUGAUAAGACCCGCUAUGAUUACUUUGCCCGCACUGUACCACCUGACUUCUACCAGGCCAAAGCCAUGGCAGAGAUUCUCCGGUUCUUUAACUGGACAUACGUGUCCACCGUAGCAUCAGAGGGUGAUUAUGGAGAAACUGGUAUAGAGGCAUUCGAACAAGAAGCACGAAUGAGGAACAUCUGCAUUGCUACUUCUGAGAAGGUGGGACGCUCAAAUGCUAAGAAGUCUUACGAGGCAGUGAUUCGUCAGCUCCUCCAGAAGCCAAAUGCUCACGUGGCCGUCCUUUUUCUGCGAAGUGAUGAUGCCAGAGAGCUGAUUUCGGCUGCUGCCCGACUUAAUGCCUCCUUCAUCUGGGUGGCUAGUGAUGGCUGGGGUGCACAAGAGAGCAUUGUCAAGGGAAAUGAGAUUACUGCUGAAGGAGCUAUUACACUUGAACUAGAGGCAAAUCCCAUACCAGAAUUCAACCAUUACUUCCUAAGUCUGGACCCUAUCAAAAACCACCGGAAUCCCUGGUUUAAGGACUUCUGGGAACAGAGGUUCCAGUGCUCUUUGGGAGCCAAAAGCUUAGGAUUAGGGGGAACACCUCUUCCACCAUGUGACAAGAACUUGCUGAUGGAUAAAAGAUAUUUCGAACCAGAGUCCAAGAUCAUGUUUGUGGUGAAUGCAGUAUAUGCCAUGGCCCGUGCCCUACACAACAUGCAGCGGAGCCUGUGCCUCAACACCACCAAACUGUGUGACAGCAUGAAGGCCCUGGAUGGGCGCAGACUCUACAGGGAUUACAUUCUUAAUGUCAGCUUCACAGCCCCAUUUGCCCCUCCAGGCAGUGAGACAGUUGUGAAGUUUGAUUCUCAGGGGGACGGCAUGGGCAGAUACAACAUCUUUAGCUAUCAACGUUCUGGGGAACGUUAUGGCUAUGUGCCAGUAGGAGAGUGGGCAGAGAGUCUGAGUCUAAACAACGAUCUGAUACGCUGGCCUAAAGAGGCAGUGCCAACCUCUCAGUGCAGCGACCCCUGUGAGCGCAAUGAGAUGAAGAAAAUGCAGGCAGGCGAGUACUGCUGCUGGAUCUGUACAGCGUGUGAGCCUCAUGAAUACCUCGCUGAUGAGUUCACCUGCUCGCCAUGCGCUCCUGGUCGGUGGCCAACAGAGGACCUCACAUCCUGUUAUGACCUUCCUGAGGACUACAUUAUGUGGGAAGAUGCUUGGGCCAUUGGUCCCAUUACCAUUGCAUGUGUAGGGUUUGUGUGCACCGGUCUGGUAGCCUGGGUGUUCAUCAGACAUAACAACACACCAUUGGUGAAAGCCUCAGGAAGAGAGCUCUGCUACAUUCUUCUCGCUGGAGUCUUUAUGUCCUAUGCGAUGACUUUCCUUUUUUUGGCCAAACCCUCUCCUGCCAUAUGUGCCCUGCGGCGCCUCGGACUGGGCACUUCAUUUGCUGUGUGCUAUUCAGCCCUGCUUACCAAAACCAACAGAAUCUCCAGAAUUUUCAACGGCGUGAAAGAUGGGGCGGGCGCAGUGAGGCCGCGCUUCAUUAGCCCAUUCUCUCAAGUAUUUAUCUGUCUGAGUCUGAUCUCCGUCCAACUAGUAAUGGUCUCAGUGUGGCUACUUCUGGAGGUUCCAGGGACACGGCGGUUUACGUUACCAGAACGACGCCAGACAGUCAUCCUCAAGUGUAAUGUGCGAGACUCCAGCAUGCUACUGUCUCUGGGAUAUGAUGUACUCUUGGUCAUCUUGUGUACUGUGUAUGCCUUCAAGACCAGGAAAUGCCCUGAGAACUUUAAUGAGGCCAAGUUUAUCGGAUUCACCAUGUAUACCACCUGUAUAAUUUGGCUGGCCUUUCUUCCCAUCUUCUAUGUCACAUCCAGUGACUACAGGGUUCAGACCACUACCAUGUGUAUCUCUGUCAGUCUAAGUGGCUUUGUGGUCCUGGGCUGUAUGUUUGCUCCCAAGGUCCAUAUCAUCAUGUUUCAGCCCCAGAAGAAUGUGACCAGCCACCGACUUAACCUCAACCGCUUCAGUGUCAGCGGGGCUGCCACUACAUACGCAUCUCAUGCUUCUGUCAGUGCCCACUUCGUCCCAACAGUGUGCAACGGGAGGGAAAUAGUUGACUCGACCACUUCCUCUCUGUGACAUCAUCCAGUUCGCUCGCUAAACCUGCCCCAGCGACUGUUAGCCAAGUGACGAACAUUUUUCAUCCCAGCGUUGUUUUUAUUCCCCCUUUUAAACACACAAACACUCUCUUACAUACACACACAAACACACUCACACAAACUGAAUACAAGCAAACGCCUUCCUUGUGGACUAGAACUGUAUUGUUUUACAAAUGUAGAAAGUGUGUAACUAUAAUUAAAUUAUUUUCUAGGGAUGUAUAUACAUUGAAUCAACAUUGUUGUACGUAGAGAAAUGAAAUAACAAAAAAAAAUGUUUUUAGGAGGAAUUUUUUGGAAACUUUGUUUUUGAUAGCCUUGUUCAAUGUAAAAAGACAUAAGCUUAAAUAUGGUAGGGGGACUGAGUCCUUCCAUCUGGAUGCACAUUUGUGGCUCUGCUUGCCUCACUGCAAUACCCACAGACUUUUGAUUCUCAUGCUUUUUGUAGUACCUCAUUGUAAUAACUAACUGUAUGCAUUUCUAAUGUGGAUCUGUACAUUUGUAUAUUAUACUACUGAUGGUUCAAAGAGCACAAUGUUAAAGGUCUUGUGACAUCAGAAUGAAUGUGGACAAAAAGAUAACUGGACAAACUAGAACAGCCAGAUAAGAAACUAAAAAUGGAAACAAACGCAAACAGAAAGAAAGAGACAGAGAGAGAUCCAUCAUAUUUGGUGAUAUAUUUCUGUUUGAGAAUAUAUCGUAUUUCAUCUUAAUAGAUGGUAAUUGUUUCCUGGAUCUUUGUCAAAACGGUCUUUGGCUGUUUUGGCAGAAAAACAUGUUUUACUUUUGAUACAAAUGAUAUUAUUUUCUAAUUAUGGUAUCCCUUUAUCUAAAUGGCCAUCAUUCCAGAGAUGUGUUCAGCAAAGCAUCACUUUUUCCCUGCCACUCUUAAGCUGAUGUGUUUUAAAGACUGCUGAGAUGCAUUGCUAAUAAGGAAUAGCUGGCUGAAAACACUUUAUUAAAUCCCCUAAAGAACAAACAAAAAAAAAAUUCAGUUACCCAGUUUUUAAAGUGUUUUGCAAAAGGAUUCAGACCAUUUGAUCUUUUUUACAUGUUGUCAUCUAACACCCUCAGUUUAUUAUAGUGGAUUAUUAUUGGAUAAAGCAACAAAAUUGUUGCAUAAUUGUAAAGUAAGAGAAAACCAUGAUACCAUGUUUUAACAUUCUGUACAACUAAAAUAUUAUAAAAGAGUCUCUUUCUAAAAUUACAUUAAGCUGCAUUCAACUUCAAGUUCUUUGGAGUUUCUCUCUACCAGCUUAUCAUCUGGAAACUGAAAUUAUUGCCCAUCAUUCAAAAUGAAUAUCGUUUGUGAACUGCAAUAGUCAAGUUUUAAUUCUCCAUUUUAAGCUUGGACUUUAAAUGGAAAAAAUAAUUGUACUGAUUUAAUCUAGGCAAUCCCAAUGUAUUUAUGUAUUUUUAGUGUCGUUAUCUGUUUGAAUGUGAAGUUUAAACUCAAAGUACAGCCGUUUGCAGCCUUUGAGAGGCUUUUCUUCAAGAUGAGCCCAUCUUCCCAUGGACCUUAUGAGCUUCCCUAUCCCUGCUUAAGAACGGCCUUCCCACAACAUAAUGCAUCCAUCACCCUGUUUCACAUUUUCCACAACAGAUUAAAUUUCAGAAAUUGGCUUUAAGUUUAAUGUUGGUCUUAUUUCACCAGUAGACCCUCUUUAUCUUUUUUCUUUUAUUAUUUCCCAUACAUGUUUUUUGGUAGUAAUUCUGAAUUUUUGUGUUACUUCCUUUAAAGAGUGACUCUCUCCUUGCUACUCUUCCAUUAUGGUUGGGUUAGAGAAGUGCAUGAGUAACAAAUAUAUCUUUAGUAGUUUUUUUUAUAAAACCACACAUCUGUUUCUUUGCACUACCCAGUUAUGUAAUUAUGAAUUUCCACAAUAUAAAAUAUGAAUAAAGUAUAUUGAUGUUCCAAUGUCCCAAGAAUACUUUUGCAAAGCACUAUAUGAACUUUGGGUUCCUAAACUGAGAAAGUAUGUCGCUAAAGAAAAAGGGGAUGUUUUGCUGAACACACGUUGACUUUUUCCACCUUUAGGGGAGUAGUAGCUUCUAAUUCAUGCCCCAUAGAUACCGUCUGGUUUGAUAUUUUCAAUAUGGCUAUGUGCCUUAAUCUGUGUUUGAUAGAUAAUUGUUGUUAGAGAUCAGAUUUACACUACCAGCUCAAAGUCUUUGUUUGGUUGAUGUAAAAAAGUGGCCUCAGUAUGAAGACAAUGCGUCUAUGGCAGCAGGUUUAUUUUAUGUGAAGUAAAGGUCCAGGAAUUCUAACAAAUCACACGUUUUAAGUGGGUUCCUUGAGUCUGAAAAACAAAGAAUAUUUAGAAAAAAUAUAUUUAGGUCUGUGUUUUGUCCUCCUGCUAUCACCUCAGUAGCUGCAGGUAAAAGAGGGAAGAGAAGGGGAAACAGGCUACAUCAUUAGGAGGAAUUCAGAGGGUAUUUGACUUGUUGAAGUGUGCAGUUUACAAGCUUGUGUUAAAAUGUGUUUAUGUUGGGAAGCACAGUGGAGCAGCUGGCUUUGGCAGUCCCACAGAGGCUCAGGAGACGAAGGACAGCACAUUUUGUCAGCUGCUGGCUGAUCCACGCCAGCAAUAGAUGUUAGAGUAGAACAGAUAUGCACAGCCCCCAGAAAAAGGGGAUUUUCUCAUUCAUACAGAUGUAAAUGUUUGGAUGUGAUUCUUAAAAUUACUGAAUAAAUUUAAUAUAAAAAAGUGACUUAGAUGGAAACUUUAACAGCUAAAGAUAGCAGAGUAAUUUAUCACAUUUAAUUUAAUUGUCCUGCAGUUUUUGUUAGGAAUAUUUUUCACAAAACUGAUCUCAAUGUUUACAUAUUAUAUGCUGUCUAAAAUAAAGUAUGACUGUUACAUUUGAUGUUUUAACCAAAAAAA